UGUGGUGGUACGAUGGUGGACAUUGUUCCAGAAGAAACCUUUGGCGUCGAUGUCAAUCUUGCCAAUUUUAAUUUUAUGGGUGACAUGGUCCUGUUGCCACGAACGAUUCGGAUAUGGCUCCCACCAGGAUACGAUGAAAACGAUAAGGAUGGAGGACAUCCCGUAUUGUAUGCUCACGAUGGACAAAAUGCUAUGGAAGACGAAGAGAGUUGGACGGGGGCCUCGUGGAGAUUAAUUGGAGCCAUCACUCGACUAGCUGAUCACAAGCUGAUCUGUACAUCAUCGAGCCCCGCUACGAAUAGCACAUCCAGCAGGAACAACGGAAACGAAAGCCGACAACCAACAUCAUCUUCCUGUACCAGUGACGGAAAGCUUCCCAUCGUUGUGCUGUUACCCAGUGCCCAGGGUGAUUGGCUGCCGGGAAUUCGACGACGACAUCUUGAAUACGGAGACAUGAAUUUUCCCUUCGCGCAAGCCCACGCAGAUUUUGUUGCCAAUACGGUCAAGCCCUUGGUAGACAAUCGGUUCAGGACCAACCCUUCCGCGGAGCGAACCUUUUGCAUAGGAUCGAGCCUGGGGGGUCAGGCAUCCCUGCAUUUACUGCUGAGACAUCCCGACAAGUUUGGUGGCGCAGCCUGUUUGUCUCCAGCAUUUGGGCCCGCGAUACUGAAUUUCGUCGAUUCUUCCAAGGGAGGCAAAAUACUACGAGAGGGGAAGAAGAAGGUUUACUUGGAUAUCGGGGGUGACAUGGACGAUUCUAAAAGCAGCGACUUUGUUCGCGUCUCGCCUAUUGACGUAUUAGACCAUUUAACACCGGUCCAUGGAUGGAACCCUGGCUAUUUCUGGUUGGACACCCAACUUCAAGGACAGGUAACGGCUAUGCGGAAGGCCCUUGAUCGAUCCGGAGCUGAUUACGAAUAUCGACAAUAUCCCGGAGGUCGGCAUAACGAACGAGCCUGGGCCUUGCGGAUUGAUAAGCCUCUUUUGCAUUUGUUUUCUGACAAACGUAGRAAGAAWGAAURACAAACUUCAAAUUYAAAAAAACACUACGAAUAGAAUGGCUAAAAAGUUUUCAUUUC